AUGGGCCCCUGUGACUCCAGUGAAGCUGCGUCCACCAUGUCCAUCUGCUCCAGCAACAGAAGCUAUGGCAGCCGGGUCUGCCUGCCCAGUGCUUGCACUGAGUCCUACUGUGAGGUGGACAACUGUCCUGAGAGCUGCUGUGAGCCCUCCUGCUGCCAGUCCUCCUGCUGUGUCCCCAGCUGCUGCCAGUCCACCUGCUGUGCCCCCACCUGUCAGUCCACCUGCUGUGCUCCAGCCUCCUGCCUGACCCUCAUCUGCAGCCCCGUGAGCUGCGGGUCCAGCGCCUGCCAAUCAGGCUGCACUGCCUCCUGUGGGCCCUCCUGCUGCCAGCCUGUGUGCUGCACACCUGUCUGCUGUAAGCCUGUCUGCUGCACACCAGUGUGCUGCACACCUGUAUGCUGUAAGCCUGUCUGCUGCACAUCUGUCUGCUGUAUGCCCGUCUGCUGCAAGCCCGCCUGUUGUGUGCCCAUCUGCUGUGGGGCCAGCCCCUGCUCAUCCUCCUCAUGCUGCCAGCCCUCUCCCUGUGGCCCCUCCUGCUGCAAACCUUCCUCCUGCAUGUCCCUCAUCAGCCAACCCAUGUGCAAGCCCGCCUGCUGUGCCCCUGCCUCCUCCUCCAUGUCCCUGCUCUGCCGCCCUGCAUGUCCCCGCCCAGCCUGCUGUGGCACCUCAUCCUGCCACAACCCCUGCUGCUGA